GAGCACGGGCCGGGAAUCUUCACGGGCCGCUGGACGUCGCCGACCGACGCGAACCCGCUGCCCGCGCCCGCGCCGCGCGGCCGGCCGGGCGAGGGCGUGAAGUGGGACGCCUACGCGGGCCCCGUCAAGCCCCACGAGACGCACGCCGGCGGCAUCUGCACGGGUGGAUGGACGUCGACGUCGACGGACACGCCCAUGGUCGAGGGCUCGGAGGACUCGGUCGUGCCCGUGGACGAGAGCUCGGAGGUGGCCGUCGAGGUGUCCCACGCGACGACGAAGUUCCGCCUCUUCCAGGAGAGCUGGCUCGACGUGAACCCGGCGCUGACGUGCAUCAAGUGCGUCGGCGUCGGCGUCUGCCCGUCGAUCCGCGCGGAGGCCUGCACGGGAUGCAGCGGGUGCUCGCUGCUGUACUGCGACACGUGCAUCCGCCUCGGCCUCGGCGCGGCGCCGAACUCUUCCAAGAACCCCAUGCGCGAGGGCACCAAGGACUUCCGCCGCCGCGCCGUCGUGGCCCACCGCCUGCAGUACCACCCGAGCGAGCAGCCGAGCGUCGUUUCCGCGUUCGAGAAGUCCAUCGACGGCCUGAAGAAGCACGUGAAGACGGUGAUGCGGAGCGUCUACUUCCUGGCCAAGAAGAACGUGGCGAUAAGAAACGUGAAGGACCUGGUGCACCUCCUCCGCCAGUCCGGCGCGGCGCUGGGGAAGGCGUACGUCAACGAUCACGCGGCGGCGGACUUCGUGCUCGCCCUGGCGCACGUCGUGCGCGCGCCCAUCAUCGCCGCGGCGCAGGCGCCGCGCCCCAAGGCGGUCAUGAUGGACGAGAGCACGGACGUGUCGCACUCGGGCAACAUGAUCAUCUACCUGCGCGUCUUCAUCAAGGGCAAGUACACGACGGUCUUCUGGCGCAUCUUGCACGUGCCGGACGCCACGGCGCUGGGCCUCUUCACGGCGCUCGCCGCCGCCUUCGAGAUGGACGGCAUCCCGACGUCGACGAUCGUCUCCUUCGCGUCCGACGGCGCCGCGGUCUUGAUGGGCAGCGUCAACGGCGUCGCCGUGCGCGCGCGCAAGCGCUUCAACGCGCGCAUCGUCGUCGCGCACUGCGUGGGGCACCGGCACGCCCUGACGGCCGUCGACGCGGCCACGGGCAACCUCGUCGCCGAGACGCUCGACACGUCCAUGGCGGAGGUCGUCACGUACCACAGCAACUCGAACCAGCGGCGCGACCACCUCGCGAAGCUCCAGGAGUCGUUGAAGAUCCCGAGGCUCGCGGUCCUUUCUUUUGUCAGGACUCGGUGGCUGUGCCGCGGCCAGGUGUCCGCGCGCCUGCUGACGGCGCUCCCGGCCCUGCAGUUGGAGUUCAAGGCCGACGCCGAGGCGAACGUGAAGACGGCGGCGGCGCUCUACGAGCUCACGACCUCCUACGCCUUCGUCCUGUCGUUGGUCAUCUUCGCCGACAUCCUGCGCCAGCUCAACCUGGUCAGCCUCUGCUUCCAGAAGGAGCACGUGCGCUACAGCGACGUCUCGCGGACGCUCGCGUCGGUGAAGAAGGGCCUGGACACGUGCUACCUGGACCGGGCGGGCUUCGUCGGCGGCUCGCACUACGGCGUUUUCGCCGCGGCGCAGGACACGGAGAUGGAGACCUUCUGCUACCGCGGCAUGACGCUCACCUUCGACGGCGAGGCCGACGGCCGCGUCAAGGCCGGCGCGGUCGCCUUCGCCGGCGCCGUGAGCCGCGGCUACGACGACCGGUUCCCCCACGACAAGAUCCUGGUCGCGUUGGAGAAAUUCGACUUCACGCAGAUGCCCGUCGGGGAGGCCUGGGACAAGGUCAAGGCCACCUACGGCAACGCCGAGAUCGAGGUGCUCGCGUCGCACUACGGCUACAACAUGUCCGUCGACGGCACGGUCUACGAGCCCCAGUUGGACCCCAUGCAGCUCCGCGCCGAGUGGUCCGCGUUCAAGAACGUGCUCCAGGACAUGAAGCUGUCGGGCGUCACGCUCGACGAGGGCUACGCGACGCUCCUGGCGAGCAACGGCAUGCCGAACAGCAAGCUCCUCGCGGCCAUCUCGCUCGCCAUCGUGCUGUCGACGGUCUGCUGCGAGCGCGGCUUCUCGACGAUGGCGUGGGUCAAGUCGAAGCUGCGGAACCGCAUGAGCAUCAUCAUGUUUUUCGGCACAAUACAGCCGAGAUAG